AUGCAGCAUCUGUUCGACUACUCGUUGGAGGAGCGGUUCGAGGAUAUGACGGACGCUAUACGUCAUGGCAACUGCGAGGAGUGUAAACGUUCAAAAAUUCGGAGAUUGGAGGCGCGAGUAUCAGCUUUCAUUCGCGAUAAGCGGGAGUGUGAUGCAAAGAGGAACGAAUGUACCAGAGUUUGUGAUACAAGCGCGUUGGAAAACUAUCCAUUCGGACGAAAACAUCGUCAAGACGUACGUCUGGAAUUCGUACAAACGUCGGCAGACGCGGAUAAAACCCAAUCUAGUAACGCUGAUGAGGCGGUCGACUUUGAUCGGAUCGCCCACGGGCGACAUUUUAACGUUGAGGCGUACGUGUCCAAACUUGGAAGCGAUGAUCUAAGGCUAUUCAAGUCACAGCUGAGCGAUAUUUCACGCAAGAAGAAACGACGCAUAACUUCUACGACUAACGCUGACGACUUUGCUACAAGUAUAUCAGAUGUGGACCUAUCGACAUUGAAAGCCCACAAACGCUGCUCGCGGAAGCCCAGCGUGCGCGCUGAUGAAGUACAGCCCAGGCAAGAUAAACAUCGCAAAAUCGCCAAAGCUUUGAGUACCUCUGAAGUAAAGGCUCCGGUUGAAAAAGAGGCAUUGGGCAACAAAGCUCCGGAUUCCGCGGUUCAACCACCGCAACCUGAGCCGACACCAUCGGUGGAAACACCCGUGACCACAAAAGGAAGCGAACCCGGAGCAACAGGUAUUCUGUCCGAUGUUACUCAGGCAUCGGAGCCAGUUCCCAGUACUCCCCUCCCUCCUCCUCCUAAAGACUUGCGGAAGGCCGAGUCGACAGAAAUAUUCGGAGCAUCUACACUUGAGAAGUUGAACUUUUCGAUGCCUGUUGGCAACCCUCUGUUCGCGCCCAAGGCGGUUGAUGCUGCCCAGUUUAGUGUACCGAAGGCGCCUCCUAUGUUUGUGUUUGGAGUUCAGUCCAGCCAACCGCUGGAUUCCGGUGCUCCAUUCGCCGCAGCACCGCCACCUCCAGUGCAGACUCCGCAUGCUCCGUUGGCAAUGCCUCCACCAGUUCCGCAGUUUAACAUCCCUGGCUUCUCUGCUGUGCAACUGGAUCAGCAAGCCUCAUCGGUUCCAAACGCAUUCGCAGCGACUUCUUUCCCCAAGGCCAAGCGUGGCGGAAUGCGCUACCGGGGUGGGCGGCGCUAG